GCCUAGACCAAAUUAGUUAUCUUCUGGCCCAAGCUUUCUUUAUGUCUUUAAUCAAGCUUCAUCUUCUUCGUUGUCAAAGUGUCAAUCACACUGUAACAAACUAGGGCUGUUUUGCAACCUAUACACACAAUCAACUUUUACUUGUUACAGGUUUGAAAAAUCGAAAAAAAUGUCGAAAGUUGAUGUUGACGUUCCGGCGAAAGGGGGAUUCAGCUUCGAUCUGUGUAGAAGGAACGAUAUGUUGAUGAAAAAAGGCUUGAAGCCUUCGUCGUUUCUCAAGACUGGGACUACUAUUGUUGGUUUGAUCUUCAAGGAUGGCGUUAUUCUCGGAGCUGAUACCAGGGCUACUGAAGGACCAAUUGUAGCUGACAAAAAUUGUGAGAAAAUACAUUACAUGGCACCAAAUAUCUACUGUUGUGGAGCAGGGACUGCUGCUGAUACUGAGGCUGUAACAGAUAAUAUUAGUUCUCAGCUGAAGCUUCAUCGUUAUCACACUGGCAGGGAAUCAAGGGUUGUGACAGCCCUCACACUUCUAAAAUCUCAUCUUUUCAGCUAUCAAGGUCAUGUUUCUGCUGCCUUGGUGCUUGGUGGAGUUGACGUCACUGGUCCGCAUUUGCACACUAUUUACCCUCAUGGGUCAACUGACUCGCUCCCUUUUGCUACAAUGGGAUCUGGUUCACUUGCUGCAAUGGCCGUCUUUGAAUCAAGAUACGUCGAGGGGAUGAGUAGGGACGACGGAGUUGCUUUGGUACGUGAUGCUAUUCGGUCAGGCAUAUUUAAUGACUUGGGAAGUGGAAGCAAUGUAGAUAUAUGUGUUAUAACUAAGGGGCAAAAGGAGUACUUGAGAAAUUAUGAGACGCCUAAUCCUCGUACUUUCACAAGUGAAAAAGGCUACACUUUCUCCAAAAAGACUGAGGUUCUGACCGCAAAAGUUACACCAUUAAGAGAGCUGGUUGAAGUUGUGGAAGCUGGGGAUGCAAUGGAAGAAUAGAUAGCUAUCAUUUUUCUUCAUGUUAUUGUAUCGGGCCAUACUCAGGACAGUAGCAGGUGAAAUUAUUGUUUGGGCGAUCAUGUAUGAGAUACAUUAGUAUGUCAUCCUUGUUUUGUGUACUUUUUUAUAUAUAAUAUUCGAAACUUGUUUCAAAA